GAUUAUCUCCAUUGAAAAUCUGUCCAAGCGCGAUAGUUGAGUUUCAAAUUAUGCCAGGGUUAUUUGUUAACAUAAAAGUUUAGUGAUGUUAGGGUUGUUACAAAUGUACGGAUAUAAUUAGACGAAUGUGGCUAUCUUGAAACGACUUGAAAAACGACUGUUGUGUCUGUUUUCUACCUCUUACCUCUUGGCUAGAAUGGUCUCACCUCUUUCCGCUUGCUUCCAUCUUCCCGGACAUGUAUUUCCAUUGUUAGAGUAGUAAUUCGACUAUCUUAUCAAUAUUAUAGCCUACAUAAUCUUUGUUAAAGCAGAAAAGAACAGCGUCAACCAGAGCCAGUGAGAGCAACAUUAGCUACGAUAACCAAAAGUAAACAGCCGAGCAGCAGUGAGAAACUGUGAAAUUAUAACCUGCCUGAAAGUUGUGCAUUAUGAACCCAGUGUACAGCCCUGCACCAACAGGGGUCCCCUAUGCUAACCCCAAAGGGAAUUUAGUCGGAUACCCAGCUGGAUUUCCUGUGGGGUAUGCAGCCGCACCUGCGUACACUCCCAGCAUGUAUCACCCUGGGGCCAACCAGCCGGCCUUCCCCACAGGUUACGCUCCGGGCACUCCUUUUAAAAUGUCUUGCUCCCCCACCACGGGGGCAGUCCCACCCUACUCCUCAUCACCCAACCCCUACCCAGCGGCCGUCUACCCCGUGAGGAGCCCCUACCCCCAACAGAACCCCUAUGCUCCGCAGCAAGGCACUUAUUACACACAGCCGCUGUAUGCAGCUCCGCCCCAUGUCAUUCAUCACACUACAGUAGUCCAGCCCAAUGGAAUGCCAGCAGCCAUGUAUGCCCCGCCCAUGCACCACCAGCCUCGUCCCCACAACGGCAUCGCCAUGGGCAUGGUCGCAGGGACAACCAUGGCCAUGUCAGCCGGAACCCUGUUGACACACUCCCCAACCCCCCUCGCCCCGCAUCAAGUCUCUAUGCCUACGUACCGACACCCAGGCACGCCCACCUACAGCUAUGUGCCCCCCCAGUGGUGAGGUGAUGUGGCACAGUGUAAGACUGUAGAUAUGCAUUCACACUCCAAUCCAGUAUUCUACAGCUGGUGAUGAGAACGCCAGUAUCUCCUACCAGCUGUUCUUCCUUCCAAGCAUAAUGUGAAUCUGAAGCCCAACUACAAAACAGGUCUGCUCAGAACAGGAUGAGGAGAAUCUUCCCACUCCUGACUUCCUGUUUGGAAUAAUGCUAUCCCAGAAUUCUUUACUCACUGCUGCAUAUCUUAAGUCUGAUGGCAGUCUCCACGCAAACGUGACGGUGGACUGUCUUGCAAUUUUUAUAGCUAACUAAUAAGUGGUGAAAAGGGAGUUUGAAUUUGUUUUUAUUUUGGUAUCUAUCAAGUUGAAUGCAUGUGUGUGUAUAUAUAGCAUUAUAUUUGCCCUUGACUGAUGCGAAGUCAUCAAGAAGCAAAAAUCCAAAGGAACUAAAAAAUUACUUUGAAUCACCAAUGCCAUGUCUUAAUGUCAAACAUUAAAAGUAAAAUGUUUAUUUCAUACCAAGAAGUAACUUAAUUUUAACACACAAAGCAGUGCUGAACAAAGGUUAGUUUUCAUUGCUUGUUUUUGGUGACUAGAAUGCUAUUAUUUCUUUGGGUGAUGCUGUGUCAGCAUUUGUCUGUCAGCAAUUUUUGUAUUUUGGGGAAGGCGGCGAUUUUGAGUUUUGUGCCUCUUGUGACAAGAUGUCUGAUAUCCAUUCCAACACUAAAUCAUUCUUCAAUUUCUUUGCCCAUGAAAGAUGUUGUGAACCCAUACUGAGUCCCAACAGUUUUACAUUGCUUAUUUUCUUUUCCUUGUGUUACAUUGUCAUUGACCUGAGAGUCAUUAAAGCACUACAGCUAAAUACAACAAAUCUAUCAUGACAUUUUAUCUAUUCCACCAUCACAGAUAACCAAGGACAUUUCAUUAAUGGAGGGUAGUUCAAACCAUUUGGACUGUUUCACUGACAGUGAGUGACUGAGCGAGAGAAUUUGUAUGCAUGCGAGUGUGUUUGUAUAAGAUUCAUUUUGCUGAAAGCAUAAACUGAAGCCAACAGUGUACAUUGUACAUACAGCUGUAAUGUAUGUAUCAUACUGGAACAUUUCAACAGAUUCCUUUCUGUCAUUAGUUUGAGUUUAACAACACCAGGCACUACAGACUUCAGAAUAACUGCUAACCUGAGACGUUUUAACAGGUUUGAAACUUUUUUUGAUGGAUUUAUUUUGAUCAAUUAAAUUGAUUUGUAAUUUUGUUAGCACUACUGGAAGACACAUUUCAAUCCUUUAAUUGAAAUGCUCUGUUUUAAGGAUG